UCUCGUCCCUUGUCCUUUCUUCUUCCUCCCGCCCGCCCUCCGCCCCCAAACCCCAUCCAGGUCCAGCCAUGGCGGCCAAGCACCUGCUGUCCCGCGCCCGCCUCCUCCUGACCCGCCACCGCAGCCGCCCCACCAUCCUCCCGCCCGCGCUCACCCGCCUCCUCUUCGGCGGGACCACCACCCCCUCCGGGCCGGAGGAGGACGACAAGGCCAGGGCCCGGGCGGCGGCCGUGGCCCUGGACGCCAAGAGGUCCAAGCGGGAGGGUUCGGACGACGACGACGAGGGCGCCGGGCUGCCCUGGACGUCCUGGCGGCCCGACGUGGCCUGGGUGACCAAGGCACUCGAGCCGGCGCUGCAGCUCUACAAGCACUACAACUGGAAGCCAUUCGCCUCUGACAACAUCCCCGCAAGCACCCGCACUUUUAGCGAGAUCAUAAGUGACCUCCAGCACAGCAAGGUAAGCAUACAGGACUGGAGCCUCAGUGACCUUACUGUCGGCCUCUACCUCAUUUACCUUACCCAAGCUUCCGCAAAGAAUGCUCAAGCCUUCAAGGGCGUUCAGAUUUCCUCCAAUAAGAAGGUUCAAGAACUAAUUUAUCACCUUGAACUCGCAAAGGGUUGCUAUAAGGGCAGUGCCACUGGGCUUGCAAAGCAUAGCAUGCUCCGGCCGAGGAAUGUUUUAAAGUUUGUCAAGGAUUCUAGUAUUUUCAGACCUGGAUAUUACAUCGGCAUCGAUCCGCGUGCUAAACUGGUCAUCCUUGGGAUUCGUGGGACCCAUACGGUUUAUGACCUUGUCACCGAUUUGGUUGCAUUAAGCGAUAAGAAGGUGUCACCUAAAGGUUUCUCAACACACUUUGGAACAUACGAGGCCGCUCGAUGGUACCUACGCCAUGAGUUGAGCAUCAUCAAAAAAUGUUUGGAAAAACACAAGGACUACAAGUUGCGGUUGGUAGGUCACUCCCUUGGAGGAGCUUCAGCUGCAUUGCUUGCUAUAAUGUUAAGGAAGAAGUCGAAGGAGGAGCUUGGAUUUAGUCCCGACAUAGUUUCAGCUGUUGGAUUUGGAGUCCCGCCCUGUGUAUCGAGAGAGAUAGCUGAGAGUUGCGCAAGCUAUGUCACCACUGUUGUACUGCAGGAUGACAUUGUUCCUAGGUUAAGUGCAGCUUCGCUGGCAAGAUUGCGAAAUGAAAUAAUUGAAACAGAUUGGGCCAAAGUUUUGGAGAAGGAAGAUUGGAAGCAUAUAGUGGAUAUUGUGACUAAUGCUAAGCUAGUUGUUUCGUCCAUCCAAGACGUGGCGAACAAACUUGCUGAUUACGCCAAAGUUGUAACAUCAGCUAGCUCAGGUGAUGCUGCAAAAGACCCGCCCCGUCUUCAGGGCCCGGCGAAAGUUUUGAAGCCGGACGGCGAAGAGGACGUGUAUGUGCCUGAGGAUCUCUUCCUCCCGGGGACGCUGUAUUACCUCCAGAGGGACGUCGAGAAUAUAAACGGCGUCGAGGAGGAGUCGUACACGCUCUGGAGAGGGGACGCCGGGGAAAAUUUCCAGCGGAUACUGUUGUCGGGCAACUUGAUGUCUGAUCACAAAUGUGAUAGCAUACAGUACGCGCUGAGAGAUGUGCUCAAGACCCUGCCUCUCCCUCUGCCUCUGCAGGAGGAUUGAUGCUACUAAGUUCCAAAGCUUAUGUAGGAAAGCGGGUUUCGCAAAAACCGAGUGUUUUGUUGUACAGUUUUAGGUUAUGUAAGGGAUUGCCAAGAAUAACAAAGUGCUAGCAAACUCUCAAGUUGCAGUCCAGAGUUUCUGGUGCUGAUCUAGGUGUAGUAUACCUCUUCUUUUUUACAAGAGGUAUAGUGUAACUCUUGUUUGAAACUUGAGAUAAAAGGGUGCUAAGGCAGAAUAAGAGUUGCAUGGAUCCAUAUCUGUUUUUCCUCUUUAGAACAAAGGUUUUUACUAUCU